UGGGAAGGGCGGCCGGUGCUGCCGCAGCUGCCAUCUUAGGGACUCCGGGCCGGGCCUGCUAGGCCUCUACGGCGGAGGCGGCCGUGUGCGCGGCGGGUGCGCUCGGGGAGAAGCGGAGGGUCCGUGGGCGGGGGGCCGAGCUUCCCGGCGGCGAAGGGCGGCCUGCGGCGGGCAGCGGGUGACAGGCGGCGGGUGCCGCGCCGCGCGAGGAUGGGCCGGUCGCGGAGCCGGAGCUCGUCCCGCUCCAAGCACACCAAGAGCUCCAAGCACAACAAGAAGCGCAGCCGCUCGCGCUCGCGCUCGCGGGACAAGGAGCGGGUGCGGAAGCGCUCCAAGUCCCGGGAGAGCAAACGGAAUCGGCGGCGGGAGUCGCGCUCGCGCUCGCGCUCCACCAACGCGGCGGCGUCCCGGCGCGAGCGGGAGCGCGCCUCGUCCCCGCCCGACCGCAUCGACAUCUUCGGGCGCACGGUGAGCAAGCGCAGCAGCCUGGACGAGAAGCAGAAGCGGGAGGAGGAGGAGAAGAAGGCGGAGUUCGAGCGGCAGCGAAAAAUUCGGCAGCAGGAAAUAGAAGAAAAACUCAUUGAGGAAGAGACAGCACGAAGAGUGGAAGAGCUGGUGGCAAAGAGGGUGGAAGAAGAAUUGGAGAAGAGGAAGGAUGAGAUCGAGCGCGAGGUCCUCCGAAGGGUGGAAGAGGCCAAACGCAUCAUGGAAAAGCAGUUGCUCGAAGAACUCGAGCGACAGAGACAAGCUGAGCUUGCAGCACAAAAAGCUAGAGAGGAGGAAGAGCGAGCAAAGCGUGAGGAACUGGAGCGGAUAUUAGAAGAAAAUAACCGGAAAAUUGCAGAAGCACAGGCCAAACUGGCCGAAGAACAAUUGAGAAUUGUUGAAGAACAGAGAAAGAUUCAUGAGGAAAGGAUGAAACUAGAACAAGAACGCCAACGCCAACAAAAAGAAGAGCAAAAAAUUAUCCUGGGCAAGGGGAAGUCCAGGCCAAAACUGUCUUUCUCACUAAAAACCCAGGAUUGAGUGGCAGACUGAACUUUUUACAAAGAAAAAUGAAAAACUUCGUAUUGUAGCUUCAUGUUGAAGUGGUUUUUUUUUUUUUUUUUUUUUUGUUUUGUUGUUUUUUUUUUUUUUUUUUUUUUAAUUUGGAAAGUCUGGAAAGUUAGCUUGUUCUAAUAGGGGCUAUGCUCUGCAAUCCAUUUAUUUUUCCCUCUUUUCCUCCAUUACGUCAAAUCCUUAUCAGAUCAUUGCUGUUUUUGAGAGGUGGUGUAUUUUUCACCUGUUGGGAUUCUGUACUGGUUGGUGGUCUGCUGAAGGGCAGGUCACUUGGUGAAUAGCUUGGUCUGGUAAGGUGUUCACUGACCACUGACUUCGGGGUUAUACUCUGUGUACUCCGUCAUAAUGCUGGUUUUGCUGACUUUUUGUUUUUUUAUACAUUUAUAAAAAAAGAAAAAGUUGGUAAUUGCAUUGCAAAAUUCCCAGGGUUUUGCUGGACCUUUGUGGUCUUGUUAUAGCAGUGUCCUUGUGAUACUAUGGCUCUUGGUGUUCCUGAUAACAGGUAAGGAUAACAGUUGGUCACCUGAUACAGAAGUACCCCACAGUGCAGGAUGGUCUCUGUCGGACUUUUGUUUCUUUCAUUGACAAAAUCAAACCAGCAUUCCCCCACUGUAAAUAAAUGAUUUUGCUGAAUAAAGUAAAGUCUUAAAUUCA